AUGUCGCUCUCAUCAGGCAUUCCCAAGUUUCGAGUGGCAAUCUGUGGUGCAGGCAUAGGAGGGCUUUUUGCAGGUCGCGAUAUCCACAUAGAUUUAUACGAAGCCCAUGACGGCAUCACGACCGCUGGGGCUGGGAUUUCAGUUAUGGGACGCACGAUGCAGAUCAUGGAAGAACUCGGCUUGUAUGAAGAAAUCUCCCGUGUUUCGACAAAGCCCCCUAGUUAUGGACCAAAAUUGAGGAAGUCUGAUGUUCCAGAGGGUGGUUUUGAGUGGUUCCAAAAAUCAUCCAGUCACCGGGGUCAGCUCAUCCUCCACUUCGCUGAUGGCAGCACCGCACCCACAGACAUGCUAGUAGGGGCAGAUGGCAUCCGUUCCUCAAUAAGACACUACAUUGAUCCAUCUUGGACUGGAACGCUUGUCUAUCGAACCGUCUUUCCGGCGGAGAAGCUCUUCAAAAUGGAUCCAAAUAAUGUAGCUCUGAAGAAUUCCAUAUUUUUCUGCGGGAAGGGAAAGCAUAUCGUCUCGUACCCAGUUUCACAAGGAACGCAGAUCAAUAUCACGGCAUAUGUUUCUGAUGAUCAGAAAGCCGGGACACAUUUCGAGGGUCGUUGGGUUUCAGAUGUGUCCCUCGAAGAGGUUGAAAAAGCAUACGAGGAUUUCGAACCUGGUGUCAAGAGCCUUCUGAAAUGUUCCGAGAACCCCUCAAGAUGGGCGCUUCACGUAGUAAAUGAAUUGCCGCUAUCCACUUGCGACAGAGUUGCUCUGAUAGGUGAUGCGUCUCAUGCCAUGACACCCCACUUUGGUGCUGGAGCUAGUCAGGCAAUGGAGGAUGCUUUUGUGCUCGGCCGCCUUCUUGCACACCCACUCACAACAUUGGAUAACGUGCCCGCUGCACUGAAAGUAUACCAGGACGUUCGCCUCCCAUUUGCUCAAUUCGUAGCACGUGAAUCGGAACGUACAGGAUAUAUGUUCGACUUUCGCUUGCCUGGGUAUUAUGAUGGGACAGAACGAUCCAAUGAACGAGAGGAGAUGGAUAUUCUAAAAGAGAGGCUCACAGGCCAGUGGGGUUGGGAGCGGGAGCGUGAGUGUGGGGGCGUUGCCCAAUGGCUACAGGCAGAGAGGCAGCUGCAGGAAAGCGCACCUGAGGUUUCCACUUACCUGCUCUAA